GAAAUAAUCCAUUUUUGCUUCCUAUAAAUCAACGAAACUCCAUCUCUCUCGAUCUCCAUCUCUCUUUCUCGCUCUCUCUCUCAGCAUUUCACCGUCUUUCUCUCUCGCUCGCUCUCUGAGAUCUGCGAUUGCGUCGGAUUCCGCUUCUGCAGUAUCGAUGGGCGGAGCUUUGGAGGCGGAGACGGUGAGGAUGAACGGGAAGGUGGAGAUCUUGUCGGAGGAUUUCGAUCCGACGGCGGUGGUGGUGGAGCCGUUGCCUCCGCUCGCGGAGACGGCCAACGGCAUCGGAUAUUCCGGAGAAGAUGAUGUUUUCCAGGUCAAGGAGAUGUUGAACGGAGGAGAGAAGGAGAUCGUGCUCGGUCGAAACGUGCACACCUCGUGCCUCGCCGUGACGGAGCCUGAGGCCAACGACGAAUUCACCGGCGACAAGGAGGCGUACAUGGCCAGCGUCCUCGCUCGUUACCGGAAAACCUUGGUCGAGAGGACCAAACAUCAUCUGGGUUAUCCGUACAAUUUGGAUUUCGACUACGGAGCUCUGGGACAAUUGCAGCACUUCUCCAUUAACAACCUCGGAGAUCCAUUCAUCGAGAGCAACUAUGGUGUUCAUUCUAGACCCUUUGAAGUCGGUGUCUUAGAUUGGUUUGCCCGUCUUUGGGAGAUUGAAAAAGAUGAUUACUGGGGUUACAUCACAAACUGUGGCACGGAGGGAAACCUUCAUGGAAUCUUAGUCGGGAGGGAAGUUUUUCCUGACGGGGUUUUGUAUGCGUCGUGUGAAUCGCAUUACUCUGUCUUCAAGGCAGCUCGUAUGUAUAGAAUGGAGUGCGUGAAGGUCGGCACACUUAUCUCCGGAGAGAUCGACUGUAAGGAUUUCAAAGAGAAACUGUUAGCGAACAAAGAUAGACCCGCAAUUCUCAACGUGAACAUAGGAACGACUGUUAAAGGAGCGGUUGAUGACCUCGACCUUGUGAUCAAGACCCUCGAAGAGAAUGGCUUCUCUCGGGACAGAUUCUACAUCCACUGCGAUGGAGCUUUGUUUGGGCUGAUGAUGCCUUUUGUCAAACGCGCGCCCAAAGUCACAUUCAAGAAACCCAUAGGGAGUGUGAGUGUGUCGGGCCACAAAUUCGUUGGCUGUCCAAUGCCUUGUGGCGUUCAGAUAACAAGAAUGGAACACAUCAAAGCCCUCUCGAGAAACGUCGAGUACCUUGCGUCAAGGGAUGCGACGAUCAUGGGCAGCCGAAAUGGGCAUGCCCCAUUGUUCCUAUGGUACACCCUUAACCGAAAAGGCUACAAGGGUUUCCAGAAAGAAGUCCAGAAAUGCCUAAGAAACGCUCAUUACCUCAAAGACCGUCUCCGAAAAGCCGGGAUAAGCGCCAUGCUGAAUGAGCUCAGCAGUACCGUGGUCUUUGAACGGCCCAAGGACGAAGAGUUCGUCAGGAGGUGGCAGCUAGCUUGUCAGGGAAACAUUGCUCAUGUCGUGGUGAUGCCGAGCGUGACGAUAGAGAAACUCGAUUACUUCCUGGACGAACUGGUAGAACAGAGAUCGGUCUGGUAUAAGGAUGGAUCUCAGGCUCUGUGCAUUGCGUCUGAUGUCGGAGUCGAGAACUGCAUCUGUCCGGCUCACAAGUGAAAACGGUUUUUUUAUUUUGUUGUAACCUGAAUUCGGUUUUGUCAUCGGUGUGAAACUUUGGGUUUCUCUUCUUUUGCAUUAAAGCUUGUACUUGUAGCUGUACGCCUUGAUGAAACUGUUUACUAUAAAAUUUUCUGGGGAGUAUUA